AUGCUCGGGAAAACACUCACAUCGGCCCUCCUCUGGGCUGCUGCUGCCUCUGCAGCAUCGCAUCCCAUGCGUACACCGGCCCCGAAUCCAGCUGCUGUCGCCGCCGCCGCCGCAGCUUCUGCCACAGAACAGAUCACGGCCGUCACCGAAUGUCAUUUACACGGCAGCGCGGAAUUAUACUGUAUGCAUGGUACCACAGAGUAUCUCAUGCAGACCACGCCUACACAAACCUCCAACCUGCCCGCCAGUUUCACAGGAUGCCACAAUCACGGCGCCGAUCUGUACUGCAUUGCGCCAGAUGGCAACGAAGUCAUGGCCAAGGGCGAGGGCUCUACUGAGCCUGCGGGAGACAAGGACAACACUUCCGAAGCCGGCGGCACCGUUCACUGCCACUCCCACGCCGGUGUCGAACACUGCGUCGGCGGCGACGAGAAGGAGGGCGCUGCGCCCAAGUGCGACGCUCCCAAGCGCGACUACAAUAUUGGCCUGCGCGUCGGCCUGCUCUUUGCCAUCAUGGCCACGAGCGCCCUCGGCGUCUUUGGGCCGCUGUUCCUCCAGCGCGCCAUGGGACGCCACAUGACCCUCAUCUUUACCUUUCUCAAGCAGUUUGGCACCGGCAUCGUCAUUUCCACUGCCUUUGUCCAUCUCUACACUCACGCCUCGCUCAUGUUCAACAACAAGUGUCUCGGGGACUUGGGCUACGAGUCCGUGACGUCGGCCAUUGUCAUGGCUGGUCUGUUCCUCUCCUUUAUUGUCGAGUACAUUGGCCACCGCAUUGUCAUCGCCAAGGAAAAGUCCGUCGCCGCGCAGUCAAUGGAAGAAAAGACGCAGUCCAUGUUCUCCGCCGAGGUCGUCACCAUUCUCGUUCUCGAGGCUGGCAUUCUCUUCCACUCUCUCCUCAUCGGCCUUACCCUCGUCGUGGCAGCGGACCAAUACUUCAUCACACUCUUCGUCGUCAUUCUCUUCCAUCAAAUCUUUGAAGGACUGGCCCUCGGCACCCGAAUCGCCACCAUUGGUACUAACCGCGACGCCCACAGCCACGCGUCCGUCGACGGCAGCCAGCCCAACACGCCGAGCGUCGCGCCCGCCACGUCGCACACGGCCCUGCUCCCGCACCAGACGGUCGGUCUCUCUCUGCGUAAGAAGAUGGGGCUCGCCUCGCUGUUUGCGUUUGUCACACCCCUCGGCAUGGCCAUUGGCAUCGGCGUCCUCAAGUCGUUCAACGGCAACGACCCUUCGACCAUCAUCGCCAUCGGCACCCUCGACGCCCUCUCGGCCGGUAUUCUCGUCUGGGUCGGCGUCGUCGAGAUGUGGGCUGGCGACUGGAUGGUCGGCUCGCACGGUUCAAAGGCAGAGCUGGCGGAUGCCGAUGCCCUGACGACGGGCAUCGCGGGCUUUGGCCUCAUCGGAGGCCUGAUUGUCAUGAGCGUCCUGGGCAAGUGGGCAUAA